AUGACGAGAUUACGGUUAAAGACCGUGCUGUCACUCAUCUUCAUUAUUUUGCACAAUGCUCCGCGUUUAGGACUUGUUCUCGCCAGAACGAUGACUUAUAACAAUCCAAGGUUCUUCAAUAUCGGCGGGGUCCUUUCCAAUACGAAUAGCAAAGAGCAUUUCCAGAAAACAAUCGACCAUCUCAAUUUUGAUUUUCAAUACGUCAAUAAAGGGGUGACGUACAAGCAUACGGUAAUCGAGAUGGACUCCAAUCCUAUCAGAACUGCAUUGAGCGUUUGCAGAUCUUUGAUAGCCGAACAGGUAUACGCAGUGGUGGUGUCGCAUCCGCUUACAGGCGACUUGUCGCCGGCGGCGGUUUCCUAUACGAGCGGCUUUUAUCACAUCCCUGUGAUCGGCAUAUCGUCCAGGGACUCCGCCUUCUCGGAUAAAAAUAUCCAUGUGUCAUUUUUGCGCACUGUACCACCGUAUUCCCAUCAAGCGGAUGUCUGGGUGGAACUGCUGAAACACUUCAAUUACAUGAAGAUUAUCUUCAUCCAUAGCUCCGACACGGACGGCCGCGCGCUCCUCGGACGUUUCCAGACGACGUCGCAGAAUUUGGAAGAUGAUGUAGAGAUAAAAGUGCAGGUUGAAUCAGUUAUCGAAUUCGAACCGGGAUUACACAAUUUCGAGGAGCAAUUGAGGGACAUGAAGGGCGCACAGGCGAGAGUCUACCUCAUGUAUGCUUCGAAAAAGGAUGCAGAGGUGAUCUUCAACGACGCUGCCAAUCUGAACAUGACCGGCGCCGGUUACGUAUGGAUUGUCACCGAACAGGCAUUGGAUGCGUCAAACGCGCCGGACGGUUUGCUGGGAUUGAAGCUGAUCAACGCUACCCAGGAAAACUCGCAUAUAACCGACAGCCUAUACGUCCUCGUGUCCGCGUUGCGAGCGAUGAAUCAGACGGAGAAGAUCACGGAGGCGCCAAAAGAUUGCAGCGAUUCAGGUUCCAUAUGGGAAACCGGCAAGAGUCUUUUCCAGUAUAUUCGCAGGCAAGUGUUGCCGCAUGGUUUAACAGGUCGAGUGGCAUUUGAUGAUAACGGAGAUCGCAUAUUCGCCGAGUAUGACAUAAUCAACAUCCAGUACACAGGUCUGGACAACAACAAGGCGCAGGUGUCCGUCGGCCAGUACUUUUAUCCUGCUAAUGGCACCAAGAUGAAGCUGCGAGCGAACGAAUCCAAUAUCAUAUGGCCAGGUCGUUUAAAGAUCAAACCGGAAGGCUUUAUGAUACCCACGCACCUCAAGGUGCUGACCAUCGAAGAAAAGCCGUUCGUUUACGUUCGGGAAUUACCCGAUAACGAGGAUAAAUGUCUGCCUGAAGAGAUUGUAUGUCCGCACUUCAAUAUGACGGACGAUAAACAAAUGUUUUGUUGCAAAGGAUACUGCGUGGAUUUAUUGAAAGAACUGGCGAAAACAAUUAACUUCACGUAUAGCUUAGCUCUGUCGCCGGAUGGUCAGUUUGGCAGCUACAUGAUCAAAAACACUUCGGUCGGAGGAAAAAAAGAAUGGACGGGUCUUAUUGGCGAGAUAGUCAACGAACGGGCGGACAUGAUCGUCGCACCGUUAACGAUCAAUCCUGAACGUGCCGAGUUUAUCGAGUUCAGUAAGCCGUUCAAGUAUCAGGGCAUCACUAUCCUCGAGAAGAAGCCCUCGAGGUCUUCCACUCUGGUCUCUUUCUUGCAACCGUUCAGCAACACUCUUUGGAUCCUCGUGAUGGUAUCGGUGCACGUAGUGGCGCUGGUUUUGUAUCUGCUCGAUCGGUUUUCGCCCUUUGGCAGAUUCAAACUGGCCAACACCGACGGCACGGAGGAAGACGCUCUCAAUCUAUCCAGUGCUAUCUGGUUCGCUUGGGGUGUAUUGUUGAACAGUGGUAUAGGAGAAGGCACUCCACGGAGUUUUUCCGCGCGCGUGCUGGGAAUGGUGUGGGCCGGAUUCGCUAUGAUCAUCGUAGCAUCGUACACCGCUAACUUGGCGGCGUUCCUCGUGUUGGAGCGACCAAAAACUAAGCUCACCGGCAUUAACGAUGCUCGACUCAGAAACACGAUGGAGAAUUUGACAUGCGCGACUGUGAAGGGGUCCGCCGUGGACAUGUAUUUCAGACGUCAGGUGGAACUGUCCAAUAUGUAUCGUACAAUGGAGGCGAAUAAUUACGACACUGCCGAAGACGCGAUUCGCGACAUUAAAAUUGGGAAGUUAAUGGCGUUCAUUUGGGAUAGCUCGCGACUAGAAUUCGAGGCGGCCCAAGAUUGCGAGUUGGUGACGGCUGGCGAAUUAUUCGGCCGUUCGGGUUACGGAAUCGGUUUGCAAAAAGGAUCGCCUUGGGCGGACGCUGUGACAUUGGCGAUUUUAGACUUUCACGAAAGUGGUUUUAUGGAGAGCCUCGACAAUCUUUGGAUCUUGCAAGGCAACAUACAACAAUGCGAGCAAUUUGAGAAGAUGCCUAACACCCUUGGCCUAGAAAACAUGGCAGGGGUGUUCAUCGUCGUCGGUGUUGGUAUCGGCGGUGGAGUUGCACUAAUUAUAAUCGAAAUGGCAUAUAAGAAACACCAAAUACGCAAACAAAGGAAGAUGGAACUAGCGAGACACGCGGCGGACAAGUGGCGAGGAAUGAUUGAGAAACGGAAAACCUUGCGGGCAUCGAUAAGCACGCAGCGGAGGAUUCAGAGUAACGGUCUGAACGAUCCUGCGACGGUGAGCCUGGCGGUCGACACGGUCGCCAGGUCGAACAUGGGCUCGCGUAGUCCGGGUCGCGCCUGGCCCGGCGACAGCGACCUGAGACAACGGCCAAUCUCCCGUUCCGACGACAUCCGAUUGUCGCCCGCUGCCUACACUGCCGAUGUGUCGCAUCUCAUAGUCUAAUCUUACGUUGAUUUGUAGUUUUUUACCGAAUAAGAAGUUUCGCCGACUGUUCCUAAUAGAUCGAUUACACAGCAGGGGAUGAAAAUCAUUCCAAUAUCCUUCCUCGCAUAGCGAAAUACGAUCCGCAUUAAUAUAGUCGGUAAAUAACUUUGGGAUAUAUUUAAGAUGAUUAAUCGUCCGCUUGUUAGAUGUUUAUAGAAAAUUGCGAUGGACUAUCUUAAAGAUAUCUCUGAUAUUUAUUGAAUCGUUGCAGAUGUAAUAUUUGUUCUAUGUGAAAUGAUUUAACGAGGAAACACAAAUUGUAUGUAAUUGAAAAUUUCAAUAAUGUUUAAAUAACGUUAGUCAAAUUUAUGUGAGUGUCUCAAUCGUCUUACUGUUAAAAUAUGAAGAUGUUUUCUUAAAUAGAUUAUUGAUUCACCUUAUUUGCUACGAGAAAGAGAACUAUUGUGCUUGUAUAUACAUUUAUUAUGAAUCUAUCACUUUGUCGAUUAUAAGGAUAUGUUAAAAAUAUGAUUGAUCUGUUCCACUGAUGAGGAAUAAAUACCGCAUACUUUUCAA